AUGAGUACUGAGAUAGACUUACACACACCACACCAUGAAGCACAUAGUCAUCCUCUAAAGAGAAAAAAGUCGUCACAACUGACCUCCUCAUCCAAGAGGCAUAAACAUGCGACGGUAAAAACCGAGAUGGAGGAUAUAGAAGAAUCGAGUGAAGAGAUAGCCAAACAAUACAAGAAAUACACAAAUGCACCAAAGUAUGACCUUAAUAGCGAGGAACUCUACUGUGUGUGUCGAAAGUCCGAUGAAGGAGAGUUGAUGAUUGCUUGUGAUGGAUGCGAAGAAUGGUUCCAUGCCAAAUGCAUGAACAUUAGACCCGAGCUUUCCAACUUGAUUGCCAAAUUUUACUGCAAAUUCUGUGUAUGGAAGGGUGAAGGAGUCACGUUAUGGAAACGCAAGUGCCGCCUAGAUUACUGUUAUGAGCCUAUCAAGGAGCAUUCCAAAUACUGCAGUCAUGAACAUGGGAAGGAAUACAUGCGACUGUUGCUUCUAGAAAGUAGUUUGCUUGAUCAAGGUGUCAUCAAGAGGGUGUUGACACACGUAGGGAAUGACGUAGAUAAACUUCAUUCACUAGGAUCGGAAUUCCCUGAACUUGAAGAGGUAAAAGCUUUCCGACAAGAUGAGACUAAGCUAGAUCAGCUUUCUCAGGCGGUGCGAGAGCAGGUUGAAUCCUUGCAAAGGAAAAUCGAUGGUGUCAAACAGCAAAAGCAAAUGCAAAUACAAGAACAAGAACGACUUCAGUCAGUAAAGGAGAAUACAAAAGUUAUCAAUGAGAAAUUGUCGACUCUAAUAUUCCCUGACGCAGAAGACGUGAAGCAAACCAAAACCAAGUCUAAAAAGGGAAAACAAAAGAAACGUGUGGAUCUUUGCCUUUGUAGCAAGGGAGAGCACAGUUUGAUUCAAGAAAUUGCCAGUUCAGACGAAAUGUUGGAGCAAAUUGCAGCAAAAGUCAAGAAAAGAAUUAGUGAGGACAGUGAGGAGGAGGAAGACGAGGAAGAAGUAAACGACGAUGACCCAGAUUGGUUCCAAAAUCAAAUUUGCAUUAGAGACAAGAAGAAAUGUUAUCGACACAAUGGCUGGUGGAAUUUAUUUUACGAUGAUACAGAAAAGUUAUUGGACCAGCUUAAAUCAAAAGAAUCAGUGAUUGAGAAACAGAUUGACGAUGUUUUGCGAAAUUAUUCUAUUGCAAAGUAUAAUAAUAAAUAA